CCACAAAUUCGGGCAGGGAAAACACCUUGCCGAUGGAGGGAAGUGGGCCGGAGGUGAGGGUUCCCUUCUUUCUUUCUCCCGCCUCGCCUCCAAGAAGCGUGGCGGAGUCUAUUUAAGAGGCCACCGAUCCGAUCCGUCAGAGAAGGGAGCCGAGAGCGAGACGAGAAUCAAUCCACGCUCACUCGAAACAAGCACGAAUCAAGAGUCAUCAUGCGAGUUGCACUGCUCCUCACUGCGUUGUUCCUUGUGAUCGGCGUUGUGACGGCUGGCUACCGCAGAGGAUACGGCGGAGGAGGAUACGGAGGCUACGGUGGAUAUGGUGGCUACGGAGGAGGUGGAUACGGAGGUGGCUACGGCGGCGGUUACCGGGGUUACAAUCGACCCUACGGCUACGGAGGCUACGGCGGUGGCGGACGCGGCUACUACGGUGGAUACGGCGGCUACGGUGGUUAUGGGCACGGCCACCACCAUCAUCACCACGCCCAUCACCACCCUCACCACCACCCUCACCAUCACCACCACCACAGACCCUACGGUUACGGCGGAUACGGUGGUGGCUACGGUGGCGGUGGCUACGGUGGCGGUGGCUACGGUGGCGGUGGCUACGGCGGUGGAGGCUACGGUGGAUAUGGUGGUUACGGAUAUGGGCGCUGACAGAGGAAGAACUUUUAUUGUAUAAAACAGGGUUGAUGUGAUUGUUGUAUAAAUAAUGGUUUGACGACAGA